GAACCAUUCAUGUUAUUUUUGAGGCAAUUUGGUUUUAGGUAACCUAUAUUUCUGAUACAGAAACUUUGAAAAAAGGUCAAAUUUGACCCGAGGAAAUCAGGAGGGGUAAGAGGAAAUUACAGUAAACCAUAGAGCUUUUAUUGUGAAGGGACAAGCGGAAGUGGAUGAAGUGUUGCAUUAGCUGUGUUGUGGUUGAAUAAAGUGAGACGUGCAGUCUCCGGCAUUGGACGCCCCUGUUUCUUUAUUUUACAGUCGAACCUCUGAAGUCUAGGUAACGUCAGAAACCCUCGGUUACAUUAGUAAACUAAGAUUCGUUGUUGGAGGAAAUAGUUGUUGGUACGACGCGUAAUAGCGUCCGUCUCCGGAACUAACGUUAGCUGUUUGUGUGUCACAUCGUGAUGAGGACGGCGGAGUAAAACGCGCCAGUGUUUAGUUUUUUAAGAAGAAAUAAACGUCCCAACUGCUGGAUGUGGUUUUAAAAGCUGAAACAAAGAUACACAGAGCAGGUUAGGUUUCUUUUUUAAUGUCGCAGGGAGUCGGUGCUAAAGCUAAGGUUAGCCGCAGCUAGCUCCUGCUAACGUGUUGUAUUUCCUGAAACAGUUCGGGGACAUGAAGUCAGAGAGGACGCUGGCAACGGACCAAGGGACAGCUUUACCUCAAGAUGUUCUGGAAGUGAUUGUUGGUGAAGAGGAGCUACAGGAGGAUAGCACCAGUAUGGACCUGCAGGAGCCAGAUCCCCCCCCACACAUUAAAGAGGAACAGGAGGAACUAUGGAGCAGUCAGGAGGGAGAGCAGCUUCAAGGGCUGGAGGAGGCUGAUAUCACCAAGUUCCCAUUCACUCCUGUCCCUGUGAAGUGUGAAGAUGAUGAAGAAGAAGCUCAGACCUCACAGCUUCAUCAAAGACAAACUCAACACAUGGAAAAAGAAGCUGAUGGAGAGGACUGUGGAGGACCAGAACCAGCCAGGAACUCACAUCCACUUCUACAACCAGAGACUGAAGACCAGACUGGAGACUCUUCUGAUCCUGAGACUGAUGAUAGUGCUGAUUGGAAGGAGACCAGAGAACCUCAGUCAGCUUUAAACUCUCUGAAACAUGAUUCAAGAUGUAAGAAACCAUUCAGCUGCUCUGAGUGUGGGAAAAGAUUUGGAACAAAGCAAUACCUAAAGAGACACAUGAUGACUCACACAGGAGAGAAGCCUUUCAGCUGCUCUGAGUGUGGGAAAGGUUUCUCUGAUAAUGGAAACCUGAAGAAACACAUGAGAACUCACACAGGAGAAAAACCUUUCAGCUGCUCAGUCUGUAAGAAAUCUUUUACACAGAAUGGAGAUUUACGGUCACACAUGAUAACUCACACAGGAGAGAAGCCUUUUAGCUGCUCAGUUUGUAUGACAUCUUUUACACGGAGAGGAGAUUUACAGAAACACAUCAGAAUCCACACCGGAGAAAAACCGUUCAGCUGCUCUGUCUGUAAGAAGUAUUUUACACAGAGUGGACAUUUACAACAACACAUGAUAACUCACACAGGAGAGAAGCCUUUCAGCUGCUCAGUUUGUAAUAAAUCUUGUUCACGGAGAGGAGAUCUGCAGAAACACAUGAGAAUCCACACAGGAGACAAACCGUUGAGCUGCUCAGUCUGUAAGAAGUAUUUCACACGGAGUGGACAUUUACAGAAACACAUGACAAUCCACACAGGAGAGAAACCUUUCAGCUGCUCAGUCUGUAAGAAAUAUGUUACACAGCUUGGAGAUUUACAAAGACACAUGAGAAUCCACACAGGUGAGAAGCCUUUUAGCUGCUCUGAGUGUGGUAGAGCUUUCUCUGACAGUGGAAACCUGAAGACUCACAUGAGAAUCCACACAGGAGAGAAGCCUUUUAGCUGCUCUGAGUGUGGUAGAGCUUUCUCUGACCGUGGAAACCUGAACAAACACAUGAGAACUCACACAGGUGACUCAUUCAGGAGGCAACACUUUCAGCUGCUCAGUUUGUAGCAGAAGAUUUGGAGUCCAGCAGUCUAAACUCAAAAGACAUAAAUGUGUUUGUCCAAUGGAAACAGAAGCUGAUGGAGAGGACUGUGGAGGACCAGAACCAGCCAGGAACUCGCAUCCACUUUACCAACCAGAGACUGAAGACCAGACUGGAUACUCUUCUGAACCUGAGAUCGGUGACAUGGAUUAAUGUUUGUGCCUUUUAAAGAUCCAGUGUC